AUGGACAGACCAAGGAUCCCCCAUUAUCCUAUCCUUCCCUACCCCCAGCGCAUCGAUGACGCCGCAAGAAUACACCCGAUACGUCCACGCCAAGGCACACUAAGGGUUAUCAACCAUACUGAACCGAGGCGCAAAGAUUGUGCGAUCUGCUUGGACGACAUGACUGAAGAGGACGCCGAGACACUUAAGCCAUGCGGGCAUCCCUAUUGUCGCGAAUGUUUGAAGAGUUAUGUUGCAUCAAGAUUGGAUGCGGGCAAGCUUCCGAUAUGCUGCCCUACCUGUGUUGCCGACGAAGCCGAGGAUCCCACUUCCAUCUCUCGUGAAGUGGCUGACAAACUGGGCUUGACGGGGGAUCAAGCGAGGCACUGGGACGAGCUUGAUCUUGCAGUUUUCUCUGUUGAGAUCCAUUGCACCAAGUGUGAUCGCUCUGCUCACGUGGACAAGGCCGAGUACAAUACCGCUCAGUUGAUUCUCUGUCCUCUUCCUGGCUGCUUCCACCAGUGGUGCAAGGCAUGCAACAAAACGGUUCCAUUUGGUGGACCGAAACACGACUGUGAAGGAAUAGAGGAGCUUCAAUCGCUUAUGCGGCAACGGGGCUGGAAGCCCUGCCCAACAUGCAAGACGAACACAGACAAGAUCACGGGUUGCAAUCACAUCGCUUGCUCCGCCCCGGGCUGCAACACUCACUGGUGCUAUACCUGCGGGGGCGUAAUUGCGAUCAACCCGAGGACACCUCGAGAACAACAUGCUGCGGUAGAACGACACUAUUUGUCGAGCUGUAGACUGUUUGGAACUCCGAGGGAUAUGCUGUUUGCCCCUGGGUUUGAGUUUGAGGGAUUCCCGCGACGUGAAUUGCCUAUGCGACGACCUCCAGUACAUAGGAGAGGGGCGCUGUUUACUCCUCUUUGAGACUUAGCACAGAGCUCCGCUGGCUUGAUGAAUUAUAUUGACGAAUUGAAGAAUGUGUUUGUGAUUGAGAAUAGUCACACGACCACGACCAAAAUUCCAGUGUGCUGGCAAGCCUUCUUAGCGAGGCAGCUAGCCACAUUGGGCUGGUUUUUUCCAUUGUCGUCAAUGACUUGUGGCGCAUACCCGAUUGUUGUUUGAGAACAAUCGAUGUCGCGCUGGCGGCGCUACUGGAUCUCCAUGGCAGUACCGGUGCCGAUCCCGAGGGUCGGACAUCAGGAAUGCCGAGGACUCGCUCCGAUUCUGUGCCAGCACAGGAGGUUGAUGGAGCUCGGCGGUACCGGGAUGCUG